GAGGCGCCCGACGUGGCCUACAUCGGCAUGGUCGACGUCCUGACGCGGUACACCUGCGCGAAGCGGCUGGAGACGCUGCUCGGGCGCUGCCGCGGCGCCGCCCCGGGCCGCGCCUCCUGCCAGCCGCCCUCUCGGUACGCGGCCCGCUUCUGCAGCUUCAUGCGGCACGUCCUCGCCUGCCCAGGGUCUUUGCCCGCUGCGAGCGGCGUCGACUACGAGGCGGCGUGGAUCGGGCGCGGCGGGCGCGACGAGUGGCCACCCCCUGCAUGGCGAGCCUGCGCGAGGGCCGACAUCGAGCUGUCGGCCGCGUCGGGGGCCUCCGCCGUCUGACUGGCCGCGCGCGCUGGUCGCGAUGGCCGCGCGUGCGGACACGAGAAACC